CGUAUGGUACGGCAAACCUACUCAGCUCCACAAGAGCAAGUAAACUGGUAUAUGCACGUUGAAGUGGCCCAAUGCGACAGCUUGUCUUUCACGUUUGGGCUGAACAGUUUCUUGCAGGAAAACGUCAGUCGUAGGCUUGCGGCGAAGUAUGUUUUCCCUAGCGAUUUUAAGAGGCGUUUACGAAGGAUUUCUGCUUCAAUAUCACCUUUGAAUUCCAGAUUAAGCAGAAGUAUUUUCUUUGGAACGGAUUGGACUUGUUCGGAAGUCUUCUUAGGUUUUUUAGAUUCUUGUCUAUGAACCUGGGCGGAAAACCGUUUUCCAUCAGGGUUCUUCGGAUAAUAGUCAGUUCUUCGUCGAUCAAUUCCUCGCUGCAUAUCUUCCGAAUCCUCGAGGAAAGAGCGUUUAUCAGGUUCCUAUUUCUGCUUAGGGGCACGAAACUUUGAAAGUUGAUGAAUUGUCCAUU